GGUGCACUAUCAGUCUGCUGAACGUCUCAUCCAGUCGGCCGCUCCUGAUUCUGCACCUACCACGGACGAUACGCAGCAAGGCUCGGUAGAAAUGGCUCACCUGAGAAGUGAACUUACCCAGAAUCCACUGGAAAAGAUCUGGGUGCCACCCAUGAGCAGCAGACUGGGUCGGAGACGAGGCUCGUCUGUACCACAGUUCACAAACUCGCCGACCAUGAUCGUGAUGGUCGGCCUGCCUGCCAGAGGAAAGACCUACAUCUCCAAAAAGUUAACCCGCUACCUCAACUGGAUCGGGGUUCCUACCAAAGUGUUUAAUGUCGGACAGUAUCGCAGAGAAGCCGUUCAGUCCUACAAGAGCUUCGAGUUCUUCCGUCCGGACAACGAAGAGGCGAUGAAGAUCCGCAAAGCUUGUGCGCUCGCUGCACUGAAGGACGUCGCUGCUUAUUUUACUCAGGAACAAGGACAGGUGGCGGUUUUUGACGCCACCAACACAACACGUGAGAGGAGAGAGAACAUUCUGUCUUUCGCCAAAGAGAACGGCUACAAGGUGUUUUUUGUCGAGUCGAUUUGUGACGAUCCUGAGAUCAUCGCUGAAAAUAUUAAGCAAGUGAAGCUGAGCGGCCCUGAUUAUAUCGGCUGUGAUGAAGAAGAAGCUGUUCAAGACUUCCUGAAGAGAAUCGAGUGCUAUCAGUUUACCUACGUCCCUCUGGAUGAUGCCAAGGACAGAAAUCUUUCGUACAUUAAGAUCUUUAAUGUAGGCAGCAGGUACCUGGUGAACCGCGUGCAGGAUCACAUCCAGAGCCGGAUCGUUUACUACCUGAUGAACAUCCACGUCACACAGCGCACCAUCUACCUGUGCCGGCACGGAGAGAGCGAACUCAACCUGCAGGGGCGCAUCGGAGGCGAUUCGGGACUCUCGCAACGUGGAGCCAAGUUCGCCGCCGCGCUGGGUAAGUACAUCAGGAGUCAGUGCAUUUUGGAUCUGAAGAUCUGGACGAGUCACAUGAAGAGAACCAUCCAGACGGCAGAAGCGGUCGGAGUCCCGUACGAGCAGUGGAAAGCUCUCAACGAGAUCGACGCCGGUGUGUGUGAAGAACUGACUUACGACGAGAUUCAGGAACACUACCCUGACGAGUUCGCUCUGAGAGACCAGGAUAAAUAUCGUUAUCGGUACCCGAAAGGCGAGUCGUACGAGGAUCUGGUUCACAGACUGGAGCCGGUGAUCAUGGAGCUGGAGAGGCAGGAGAACGUUCUGGUGGUCUGUCACCAGGCCGUCAUGCGCUGUCUGCUAGCUUACUUCCUGGACAAAAGUGCAGAUGAGCUGCCGUAUCUGAAGUGUCCUCUACACACCGUACUGAAACUCACGCCUGUAGCUUAUGGCUGUAAGGUUGAAUCGGUGUAUCUGAACGUUGAGGCGGUGAACACACACAGAGACAGGCCGGUGCAGAGCGAGGAGGACGAGCGCUGUCACACACCACCACAUCAUCGUCACACUCGUGUUCAGCCCAUGGCCAGUCCAGCUCCGACUAAAGCCCCCCGUCUACCUGAGCUGGACGUCGCCGAGCUUAGCUUACAGAAUGUGUGUGUAGGCCGAGAGGAUGAAGACGCUCUCAUGACGGCUCCUGGUCACGCCUAGAGCUCCAGAAAUUACCACAAACAGAGGAAACAAACCGAGUUUUUGGUUCAUUUGGUGAUUUAUGAUUACAGUAUUGAUCAGGUUAUGAAGAGCAGGAUGUAUGAAUGGUGUGUGCGCACAUAAAAAUAUCACUGUGACUGUUUAUACACGAUCAGCAGUUACAAACGUGAGACUUGAUGUCAGAUUCCUUCAUGUAUCCUGGAAGUUUAGUUUGAAUGUUUUAAUAAAUGAAUCACUGGUUCAAAAACA